AAUUGAAGAUCCCAUUUCCCAACUACUCUCGUAGGUGCGGCAAGAUCACAUUGGCGUUGAAAUCGUGUGUGCAAAUUCGUUGAGAGGUGUUUGUCUUGUUUUCUAACCAUUGCGUUUCUUUCUUUUUAAUACAAACCUCCACGCCCAAACGUGUGAACCAAAAACCCUCUCUCUUCAUACUCAAACUCUCAAACCUUUCUCUCUCUCUCUCUCUGAUUCUAGAGAGAGAAGAGAAAUCAUAAACCGCAUUGCGAAAAAAAAAACAAAAAAGAAAAAGAAAAAGAAAAUUCGAUGAGAACGGCGUCGUUCGGGAGGUGCAGCGCCGGAGAGCUCGAAGUGCCGGAAAGCUGCGGCACUUCGUCGCCGGCGGCCGGAGGACACGCCUACGGCGCCAUGCUGCCGGUGUUCCUGAACGACCUGCGGAGCAACCACCACAAGGAGCUCGUGGAGAUCACGCUGGAGCUGGAAAACGACGCCGUGGUGCUCUGCAACGUGGCGCCGGCGCCGUCUUUGGCUCCGAACGCGUCGCCGUCGUCGAGCGGUGAGGGAGGCGGCGGAGCGGUGGUGGCGAGGAGCCUCUCGAUCACGUCGAGGAUUCGGAGGAAGUUCCCGUGGCUGCGGAUUCGGAGGAAGUUCCCGUGGCUGCGGUCGGUGUCGUCGGCGUCGUCGGCGGAGAGUGCCGCUGCCGCCGUGGCCGUGGAAGAUCCGGUGGCGACGGCGCGAAACGCGCGGAAAAUGAGAGCGAAGCUGGAGCGCACGAGGUCGAGCGCGCAGCGAGCGCUGAAAGGCUUGAGGUUCAUCAGCAAGUCCGGCGAAGCCAGCGAGGAGUUGUGGCGAAAGGUGGAAGAGAGGUUCACCUUGUUGGCCAAGGAUGGCUUACUCGCUCGUGAAGACUUUGGUCAAUGCAUAGGGAUGGAGGAUUCGAAGGAAUUUGCGGUGUGUAUAUUCGACGCAUUGGCACGAAGGAAGGAAAGGAAAGUGAGUAGCAUAAACAGAGAAGAGUUGCAUGAGUUCUGGUUGCAAAUUUCGGACCAGAGUUUUGAUGCUCGCCUUCAGAUUUUCUUUGACAUGGCAGACAGUAACGAAGAUGGAAGAAUUACUAGGGAGGAAGUACAAGAGCUCAUAAUGCUCAGUGCUUCCGCGAACAAGCUAGCUAAGCUAAAGGAACAAGCUGAAGGAUACGCCGCGCUAAUAAUGGAAGAAUUAGAUCCAGAAAACCUGGGGUAUAUCGAGUUGUGGCAACUAGAAAUGUUGUUACUAGAAAAGGAUAGGUACAUGAACUACAGCAGACAACUCAGCAGUGCAAGUGUAAAUUGGAGUCAAAAUAUGACGGACUUGAGGCCCAAAAAUGAAAUCCAAAGAUUUUACAGGGCACUCCAAUGUCUUGCAUUGGAGUAUUGGAGAAGGGGUUGGGUUUUGAUAUUAUGGCUGGUUAUCACUACUUGCCUUUUUGCCUGGAAAUUCUACCAAUAUAAAAAUAAAUCAACUUUUCAAGUUAUGAGCUAUUGCAUACCAGUAGCUAAAGGUGCUGCAGAGACACUGAAGCUCAACAUGGCUCUCAUCCUCUUACCAGUUUGUCGAAAUACGUUGACAUGGCUUCGUUCUACCAGAGCUAGAAAGUUUGUCCCUUUUGAUGACAAUAUUAAUUUCCACAAGAUGAUUGCAUUUGCCAUACUUGUUGGAGUUGUUGUUCAUGCUGGCAAUCAUCUGGCAUGUGAUUUCCCUCUUCUCGUAAACUCAUCUCCAGAGAAGUUUUCGAUUAUAUCUUCAGAUUUUAAUGACAAAAAACCCACAUAUAAAUCACUUUACAUUAGUGUGGAAGGCAUGACUGGAAUCUCAAUGGUUAUUUUGAUGAUAAUCUCUUUCACUUUAGCAACUCACCACUUCCGGAGAAAUGCAGUGAAGCUUCCGUCACCCUUUAACAGAUUGACAGGCUUUAAUUCAUUCUGGUACUCACACCAUCUUUUUGGUUUGGUCUAUGUUCUACUCCUCAUCCAUGGGUCAUUUUUGCAUUUAACCCACCGUUGGUACCAUAAAACAACAUGGAUGUAUAUCUCUGUUCCACUGUUGCUUUACGUUGCAGAGCGUACUCUACGCACUCGUAGAUCAACACAUUAUACUGUGAAAAUUAUGAAGGUUUCAAGGUUGCCCGGAAAUGUCUUCAGCUUAAUCAUGUCCAAGCCUAAUGGAUUUAAGUACAAAAGUGGACAAUAUAUAUUUUUACAAUGUCCAAAAAUUUCUCCCUUUGAAUGGCACCCAUUUUCCAUUACCUCGGCCCCAGGAGAUGAGUACCUAAGUGUUCACAUUCGCAUAGUGGGAGACUGGACCCAAGAACUUAAGCUUCUUCUCACAAAAGAAGAUGAGAGAUUACCUUCACUUAAUUGUCGUGCAACAUUUGGUGAACUAAUGGAACUGGAUCAAACAAGACAACCGAGACUUCUAGUUGAUGGUCCUUAUGGAGCUCCAGCACAAGACUACCAAAAUUUUGAUGUAAUGCUCCUCAUAGGAUUAGGAAUUGGAGCAACUCCUUUCAUUAGCAUUAUCAGAGAUCUCCUCAAUAACACAAGAACAACGGAUGAACUAGUGGUGCAGGAAUCAAACACAGAAACAAGUCAAACAACUAGAUCAGACGAAAGCUCUAAUAGUUUUACAUCUUCAAAUUUAACACCAGGAGGAAAUAAGAUAUUAAGAAGGACUACAAAUGCUUAUUUCUACUGGGUCACUAGGGAACCUGGAUCUUUUGAAUGGUUCAAAGGAGUAAUGGACGAAGUUGCUGAAAUGGACCACAAAGGUCAAAUUGAGCUUCACAACUAUCUUACAAGUGUCUAUGAAGAGGGGGAUGCGAGAUCAACCUUAAUCACCAUGAUCCAAGCUUUGAACCAUGCCAAAACUGGUGUUGAUAUCCUAUCAGGCACUCGAGUAAGGACACACUUUGCUAGGCCUAAUUGGAGAGAGGUUUUCACCAAGAUUGCCUCUAAACAUCCAUUUUCUACAAUAGGUGUGUUCUAUUGCGGGAUGCCAAUGUUGGCGAAGGAGCUAAAGAAGCUAUCACUUGAGCUAAGUCACAAGACAACUACACGCUUUGAAUUUCACAAGGAGUACUUUUGAUUUAGAAAAUGAAAUCUAAAUAACUUUUGUUUAUUCUUUUGUAUUUAACAAUUAGAUGAUUCAAAAAGGAAAUUAAGAAAUGCUUAGGCCAUGGUAGAAGGGAGAAACAUGUAAUUAUAGUACUUAUGCAAAUACAGUACAGUAAAAAGAAUCCAAUAACAGAGGAAAGUAUACAUUGAUUUCAGUA